AUGUCCACACCACAGAUUCCAGUCUUCUCUUCUCGCUCUAGGUCACUUUCAGUUAACCGAUCUCAUCCUCCAGAUCCAGACCUGCAUGAAAUAUACAACACAGAAGAUCAUCUCGAUAUAAUUACGUGGCUGCAGAAUACUAGUUCUGCGACAAGCGACGAAGUAUCUCUCCCAUCCUCUGGACUUGAACUUCAUUCAGACGCAAUCAUGGAGCCACAAUCUCCAUCCGUCUCCGUCUCCAGAUGUACUGGAACGGCCCGAUCAGCCAAAACAGUCAAAACAGUCAACAACCUUGAGCUUCGACAGGCUAUUUACUCCAAUCAUCUAUUUACUGACAACUUCGGGGCGUACAUCCUUGCAGAUGUUACGGCGGCUAUUGAAAGUGCAGGUAUUCUGCACCCCUAUUCAUCCCCCCUAACCGGAAUGGAACAAGCGUCAAUCCAAGUAACGCUCUCACGCGAAUGGGACUCAAAGGAAACAUCAGCCCUAUCAACUCUUCUUUCCACCCCUCUCUUCGGCCUUAUUCCGAUGAAUGAUCCUAUGCUACAGCAAAGCCAGGACACAAUGUGGACUACGGGGCCGCUGCCCCAGGUAUUAGGAGCUUCUCCCCUCGUCGCGCCGAAGACCGAUUAUCAUCUCGGUUUCGCAACACCCAUGAAUUGCCGGGGUCCAGGCGCAGCGGCGUACUUUUCUCCUACACAAGUCAACACGUUCCCCUUCAUGUUGAUUGAAGGGAAGUCUGAAGUCUGCAACGGGUCUUCAUAUAAGGCCGAGAGUCAGCUUGUUGUCAGCGGUGCUCAUCGAUCAAACUCGAUGAAAUUUCUGUUGCACAAUGCAUUCCCGGAGGCGACAAUAUCAGCAACAGAAACGAUGGUGUUCUCGCUGGCUAUCAGUCAACGACAGGCAAUUGCCUACGUCAACUUCCUGAACCUUGUUGACAAUCUCUUCUAUAUGUCGUUUUUGGACAACUUUUAUCUUCCCAAAGCAAGGGAUCGUCAGAAAUGCCAUGACUUCGUCACAAAUAUUGUUUCAUGGGCUAAGAUGAAAUUCUUGUCGCAGAUAAAGCGGAGUCUUGCUAAAAUUGCACAAAAUUCAUCACACUCAGCCACUUUAGUGGCGGCUGAAGAUGAAAAUCCCUCAAAAAAACGACGCAUGGCAUAA